AUGGCCACCAUCACCGACCGCACACCUCUCCUUGAGAAUGGCAGUGGCCUCUCCCUCGAGCCUAGAGCCCAGUCCUUUGCCCACCGUAUGACAGUCAUGCUCAAGGCCGAGGGCCAACCGUCCUGGCUGGCCUCCUAUCGCUUCUUUCUUUUUGGUUCCUGGGUGAACGUCUUGCUGAUAUUCAUACCGCUCAGUUUCGCGUCUCAUGUACUAAAUUGGGACGCUGCCCUUCGUUUUUCUUUCAGCUUUUUUGCGAUCAUGCCACUCGCAGCGCUCCUCGGGACCGCGACAGAACAGUUGUCCAUGCAAGUGGGACAAACUCUGGCCGGCCUACUCAACGCGACGUUUGGAAAUGCUGUUGAGAUCAUCGUCGGAAUUGCUGCUUUAUUGCAAGAUGAGCUGCGAAUCGUGCAAACUUCUAUGCUUGGCUCCAUUCUCUCCAACCUACUGCUUGUCCUUGGCUGCUCGUUCUUCGCAGGCGGACUCCUGAAGGACAGCAUCUUUGACGAGACAGCUGCUCAAGCAGCGAGCUCACUCAUGACUCUAGCCUGCAUCACUCUUGUUGUUCCCGCAGCAUAUCACAGCUCGCAGACACGCGGACUCAUGUUAGGAAAUGCUACCAGCACGGUGUUAAAUGCAGGUAUCCAGCAUGUCGUUGAUGGCACCGACCUCGAUAAAGAGGCUGAAUUUGGCCUGAGAUUCAUAUCACGCGGCACAUCCAUUCUGCUCCUGAUAAUCUAUAUUGGGUAUCUUACGUUCCAGCUCAAGACCCACGCGAGGUUAUUCGAGGACGAGAGGGGACAAGAGGAGGAGGAGCCGCAGUUGAUGAAUUUUCCCGCCGCUUGUUCCGCGCUUCUUCUCGUAACCGUCAUAACUUCGUUUUGCGCCGACUUCUUGGUUGCUUCGAUUGAAGAGACGGCCGAAAGGUACCAUAUUUCUAGACCAUUCAUCGGAGUUAUCCUACUUCCUAUAGUGGCAAAUGCAGCUGAGCAUGUCACAUCAAUAUGGAUGGCUCGUAAAGACAAAAUGGCUCUCACCAUCGGUAUAUGCGUGGGUAGCUCAAUUCAAAUUUCCGCUUUUGUAAUCCCUAUGCUUGUUAUCAUAGGGUGGAUAACGCACCACAACCUUACACUGUUCUUCUCGGAUUUCGAGACGAUCGUGCUGUUCGUCUCCGUCCUCCUCGUUCAAUUCCUCAUACAGGAUGGCAAGUCGAACUACAUGGAAGGCAUGAUGCUUAUCGUGCUAUAUUUGGUUCUUGCAUUAGCAUGUCGGUGCCGUCCUGAUCCUCGAGUUGCGCUCACUUAUCCGCCUUCUUUGCAGUUUGGGUCUCCAAGUAGCUGCAUUUCAUCAAUCCUAUAUGCGGCCCUAUGA